AUGAACAGAUUCAACCUACUAGCAAUCCUUUAUGUAUCCUCUGGUGCUCUUUUCUAUGGAUACGACUCCGGACUCAGCACCUCUAUCUUCGGAUACCCUGCCUUCAUCUCAUACUUCAAUUUGAAUACUACAACUCUGGGUGCUGUUGGGUCGUGCUACUAUGCUGGCAACUUCUUCGGAAGCUAUGUCAACUGGUUCUGGCCUGAUAAGUACGGUAGACUGCGUACAAUUCGAGCAGCUUGUGCCAUCGCCGUCGUUGGGGCCGUGUUGCAGACGGCCGCUCGCAACCUUGCCAUGCUUUUGGUCGGGCGUAUUGUGGGAGGGUUUGCCUGUGGAAUUAUCUUCAGUCUGUGCCCUGCCUACGCCAGCGAGAUCUCACCCCCGAAAAUCCGUGGCUCGGUCGGUGGGCUGUACAACUUGAUGCUGUCAUCCGCCUACGCCCUGACGGAAUGGAUGGGCCUGGGGCUGUCAUAUGUCAAUGGCAACUCUGCGUGGAGGAUUUUCCUUGGACUCCAGUUCAUCCCACCUGCUCUUAUGGCCGCGGGUUCCUUGUAUAUGCCAGAGUCACCGAGAUGGCUCUUGCUUAAACGUCGGGAUGAUGAGGCUCUGGAAGUGCUACGCAAGAUGCACAGCGAUCCCAAAGAUCCGGAAUUUUACCUACGGGAAUUCCAUCAGAUCAAAUCGCAGAUCGAGCUCGAGAGGUCGCAGAACCGAGGCUUCAAGACGAUCUUCACAAAGAAGUCUUACAUCCACAGAUUUGUCUUGAUCAUUGCCUUCUACACCUUCCAACAACUGACGGGAAUUGUGCCUCUUCAGAACUACCAGGUCUUAUUGUACGCUGCACUCGGCAUUGGCAACAAGAUGUCUCUGAUACUGGUCGGCGUAUGGGGAAUGGUCACCAUCAUCUCCACGUGCUGCGGAACGUACUACUUCGACAAGAUCGGAAGGAAGAAGUCGUUCUACAUCUCGAUCACCAUCGUAAUGAUCGCUUCCACUCUCCUUACAGCCUUCUGGGCGUCAUACGAGAAGUCCGGCAACACGAAUGCCACUCUCGGAAAACUAGGCGUCUGGUCAAUGUUCCUUUUCAUGUUCGGCUACGCGUGGGUGAUGAAUGCCUUCGGGUACGCAUACAUCCCAGAAAUAUGCCCCACAGAAAUACGUGCUGCUGGGACAGCCACAGGACUGGCUACCUUCAAUGCUGUGACCGUUCUGCUCGUACAAGUCGGACCUCUCGCGAUCCAAGCGAUCAGUUGGCGGUAUUUCCUGAUCUUCCUGUGCAUGGAUGCACUCUUUGUCCCCUUGGUCUACUUUGCAUAUCCCGAGACCAAUGGCAAAACCCUUGAAGAGAUUGCUGCGUUAUUUGGUGACGAGGUUGCCGAGACGAUGCAGCAGGCGGAGGAGCAUGUCCAUAAAGAGCUCCGGAAUCAAACAACAGGGUCCGAGAAAAUCGCAACAUCAGGGCUCGAGGAAGUUGAUGUGCGCAAAGUCUGA